CGGUCCAUACAGAGUUCGAGCCGACUCAGAGCAGUCGAGGGACGUCUACGCCUGUGACCUGGCUCGACCAACAGUGCUCAUACCACGACUAACCAUCGAGGCGUAUGAAGGGAGGGUGAGGGCGUUGGCGGACACCAGGGCUGUGCUGAGGGACUGCUCUGCCAUGAUAAGCA